UGCGUUUCAAUAGUUAGUCUGACUCUUUGCGUACCGUUAUCUGCCCCCCACUCAGUGCACCGACAACCGAAGGUUGUGUGAGCGAAACAAGCGACGUCCAGGAUGAAACGCAAGAGAAAACAGCGCAACAUCCACUUGGAUGAACUGAACUUCACUUACACCGUCUGGAACAUGUUUUUCAUACCGAAGUGGUGGAUCUUGAUCGCUUGUUUGGCAGGUUUCCUCCCUGAGCGGUGCUGUGGAAUUCACGUGUUAGUACGAGAUGAGAAGAAGUAUGCGGUGUUGUUCCAGUCGGUGGUGUUGCCGUGCCAGUUCAACAGCGUGUCCACCCAAACGCCGAUAGUGCAGUGGGUCUACAAGUCGUACUGCCGGGACCGCACACGGGAUUCCUUCAGCUUUUCCGACAGCCUGAGCGGAGCCAGAUUGCUGGGAGGGGGAGGUCACGAGAACGUGAAGAAAGAGAGCUACCUCGACUGCUCUGAUAGCAGCCGCACGGUGCGAACUGUGGCCUCAGUCUCUGGAUCAUCUGUCACGCUCUCAGAGUACUACAAGAACAGAGACGUUUCCAUCAUCAACAAGGCAGACUUGCGAAUCGCAGAGGUCCAGUGGGGGGACAGCGGCGUGUAUACAUGCAAAGUGGUGAUAGCUGAUGAUGUGGUGGGACAGAAUGAAGCGUCUGUGGAGCUGCUGGUUUUGGGUUUCUCAGGCGUGCCUGAAGAUCUGCUUCCUGACUUUGAAUUGAAGAUUAUGCCAGAAUGGGUGUUUGUGGCAGCCGUGGCACUGGGCAGCGUGUUGUUCCUACUGUUGGUUGGAGUGUGCUGGUGUCAGUGUUGUCCUCACUCUUGUUGCUGCUAUGUGAGCUGCUGCUGCUGCCCGGACACAUGCUGCUGCCCCAAACAUUUGUACGAAGCAGGUAAGGGUAUCAAGACGGGCACCUCCACUCUUCAGACAACUGCCUACCCGCAAUACUUUGUUUCUGGUGUCCCAGCAAUGGUGCCCAUUGCUCCGCCUUCCCUGGUAGAAAAUCUGCCAUCUGUCACUCCUUCAGAUGGUAGUCUACUCACAGCGGUUCCCAUGCAUGCAGUAGGAGCUCCCUACCGCUUGCCCUCAGCUCAGGACCAGGACUCUCUCAGGGUUCUACAGUAUGUAGAGAACCAACUGGCUCACUUCAACCCUGCCAGGUCCGCCAGUCACCAGUCCUGCGGCAUGUCCGAGCUGAGUUCCCUCCAUGAGGGAGAAAACGGUUUUCGCCAAACAUUCCGGAAGGUCCAGAAGAAAGCGCUUCCUCCCAUCGUGGACCACGAUCCUCAACCUGAACCUAGACGAUACCAGGACAACCGCAGCCCAGAGCCACGGCGGUUCUGUGACAACACCCCCUCUUCGCCCCAACGUUAUCGCGAGGUCCUUGAGUCCGAGCCUCGUCGAUGUGCAGAGGACUCCCUCCUGCCACGGCGCUACAGCGAUGACCCUCCUUCCUCCUCUCAGUCACGCAGGCACGUACGUGAUGCUCGGCAACAGAACCACAGUGAGGAGAACCAUCACAACAGGUGGAACCCUCGAUCGGAACAUCUGGAAAGAAAGAACUACCAAACUGCAGGCCGGACCGGCUCGCUGGAUGAGCUGGAAGAGUUUGCUGCCACUUACAAGCCAAGAGGAUGUAGACAAGCAGAAAGAAGGGUGGACGACGAGCCUGAGCUUCGUGAGUUCAGUCGAUAUCCUUUGUACCGGCACGGUCGACCGCAGCACCACUACGAGGAUCGCGAUGAGCUCGGAGACUGCGGUGACCACGAUGACCGUCCCAGAAGAAAAAAGAAAAAUGGACAAGACAUAAGUCCACUUCCGUCCCCUAAAAAGAGGCAGGGCACCUGGGGCAAUGAGCGUCCUAUCUCACCUCCCCUUGUGAGUCCACCAUCAACUUUUUCUCAAGAGAAAGACAAUGACAGCGCAUUCCUGAACAGCCUGUUGGAGCGUAAAGCUAAGUUACGAGGAGUCAACCAUGAGAAGAGCGGCGCCCGGGGAGAAGAUGAUUCAGACACACCCUCGAAGGGAAGCUCGAAGAAAAGCAGCGGGGAAACCGGCCGGCACUGUAGCAGGUCACCUAGCAACCGGCCUGAAGUCGAUUCACUGGCGCCUUACUCGGAUACAGAGCGAAACAGGAAUGAAAGGCCCUCUCCACGGCCACUCCCAGCAUGCACUCGCUCUCCAAAACCUCCAGCCCCUUCCCCACUUAGUCGGCGAGGGGAGACCAGAGACAAGGCUCGGAAAGUGCAGGGGACUCUUCUUAGCCGGGCUUCCCUUAUCGUUUGAAUGGCUGAAAGAGCCUCGGCUCUUGGAAGGGCCGGACACUACAACCAUGUGAUUCAAUGGGAACUACAGUACGUACGUGUGAGCUGAGAAAAGACUCACUGUAACUGGUACCCUUGAAUGGAGACAUGAAUGACACACAUAUGAACUAAACUGCUGAUGUCAUCGGGGCUUCGCUUGUGUUACCAGUCGCCUUGCAUACGCCUCAGCUGGACUAAUGUGGGCUCGGUGUGCGACGUGGAAAGGACCAACACCCCACUGACCUUCCUUCUUUUAAAGGGAGAUGGAAACCAGUGAAAGCUUUAUGCCUCCGGCACAAUGACCACAUUCAUUUCUGUUUGAUGUGAUGACAAUAAGAAAUAUUAAAACAUUUGUAAUUUUUAAAAAAAUAGUAGCCUACACAAUAAAAAAAUAACAAAUAACCCAAAUAGCAAUGAACUUGAAGUUAUUAACGACCAGGUUUGUAAUUUACUUUAGCUGUCCCAAAAAAGUGGAAAAGCACUUUUUCAAAUUUUACUCUGGUCUGACUAAAUGAAGUUCCCCCCUCACAUCAACACUGUCUGUUAUUAACGUGACUCUAAACAGGGUUUUGACUAAUACUGCUGACUGUGCUUAUGACCCAAAUUUUAUUUGCCAUGUACAGUGUAAUUCAAUUGUUUAAGUCCCUAUUAAUGAAACAGUAACAUGUACAAGUGUGAACUUUCUGUAAGUGCAGCUUCAUUCCUCAUUAAAUGCUGUGAAAAUGGGA